GUACAUGUUCUCUUGGCCUUUUGAGCCAAAUAUGUUUUGCCGUUCCUUAAAAACCUAGCUUAUUGCUUAGAGUCGGAUUGAACGUACUCUUUGCUCUGUGUAAAUAAGUUUUUUUUUUAUGGUAUAGAAUGUCCUUGGUUAGUAAAGACCGAAAGAUUGAAUUGAAAUCUCUAGAGAUUUCAGACACUGUUGUGUCAGUAUUGUCGGAUUUUCGGCCAGUGUACUUGGUGAGCAUGAACUCGGCGAGGGUUUCCCGGCCGGAAACCUUAGUCAAGGUCUCGUCAGCUUUCCAACGCAGGUUGUUGCUGCCCUCUCGCUCGCUCCCGCUGCCGCUCGGCGUUUCGCCAUCUCUCUCACUCCUUUGUCGAGCGGGGCCGGAGCGGAAUAAGCUUUUAUUUUGGACAGCGGGAGCGGCAGCUUCGGGCAGCUUUCGGGCAGCUGAUUCGCCGCUCGCUGGUCUGGUCUGGCUGAUUAGUUUAGUUUGUGAUUUCAAUAUAUGUAAUUAAUUUUUGUUUCUGUAGCGGUUCGGACGGACGCGUCGCGACGUUCGCUUGGCCCGCCGUUCGGUUCGGUUCGCUUGCUUCGCCUGCCGUCGCUGUUUCUUAUUUAUUAUUAUUUUUUAUUUUUAUUUGAGUUUCUGGCUGUGUACGUGUGAGCACGAAUGCCAGUGCCACCAGUGCGAGUGCGAGUGCGAGCGGUUUCCUUCUCUUGCCUUUUUCGUGGGCCGCUGCUAAAAUGCAAAGAACACGCUCGAGAAACGUAAAUGGCGCCGCGCUAACGAAUGGAAUUGGAAUAUCAAACAGUGCCCCCCAAAGUCCCAUAUAAAAAAUAAAAACAACGUACAAAAAAUAAAUGUAAGAAACAACAACAAAAAGCAACAAACAAUCUUCGUGUUGCCCCUGCCCUUUUUUUUUUCGGGUGUAUGUUGUGUGUAGUGCCAGUGUUUGUGCUCAUGUGUUAAACAAAAAAAAAAAAAAACAAGAAAGAAUUGAAACAACCAAACAAACAACGCGGUCGAGAAAUAUUAUAAAAGAAGCAACAACAAAUGAAUACUUGCUGGAAGCUGAAUGACAAAACAGCAACACAAAUUAAAGCUACAACCACAAAGUGAAACAAAAACAACAAAAUACCUCCAGCUGUACAAAUAUUGAUUGAUAUCAACAACUAAAAAGAAAUAAAUACACAAAUAUGUAUAUACCAAAAUAAUCAGGAAAAUAAGCAAGAAGCAGUCGGAAAGGAAACUAAAGAGAAUGUAACCUAAGCUUGUAUUCCCAAAACCCGUCCACUUAAAAAAAUACAAAAAGUGUGUUGAAAAAUAUGUUUGAAAAAAUACUAAAGAAAAAAACGCUUCAAAGCGAGAGCAUGACUAUUAAAAUACCGAAAAAAUACCAAGUGAACUGAAUUAACGCAACGCAAAAAAAUACUGUAAUAUUGUUAUUUACUGUUAUUUUUUUUCGCUUUUUUUUCUUGCAAAGUAAAGUACAAAGAACCACAAAAAAAAUAACGACAAAUAAAGGCAAAGAUAACAAAGCAAAUUGCAACUGCAGGAAAGCAAGAACACUAACGAAGCAAAACAAAGUAAUACAAAAUAAAUAAUUCGCCAAUACCAGCACCCAGCAGACAGAGCGAGACGGGAAGAGAAAUAAACAAACCGCUCCUAAGAGUGCGAGUGAGAGGAGGUGCCAGAGAGUUAGCAAAGAAAAAGUGAGAGAGAGUGCGAGAGAGAGAGAGAGAGAGAGAGCGACGAAGAGGGAGCGAGCGAAAAGCUUCAUGCAGAAAAACAAGAAACAGCGCAAAACAUCUGAAGAACAUGGAGGGUGCGAGUCGCAGCAGGAACUCCUCCACGAGUCAGAGUCAAGGUCAUGGGCAAGGUCAAGGUCAAGGUCAAGGUCAAGGUCAAGUUCGUCGCAGCCAGGUGCAAGACAUUGAGGACCUCAAGCAAGACAUUCCCUACUUCGACGAUCCGCCGACGAUCGGUGGCGAUCUGCUGGUCCUGGGCAAAAGUGAAUGCCAACUGGACGAUUUGGCCUGGGAUCCCGAUGCCGAUGUGGAUGCCGAUGCGGAUGGAGAUGCUGAUGCUGAUGCAGUUGCGGAUGCUCGGCUGGAGCCGGUGUCUCGAGCCGUCGAUCUCGACCUCGAGGACAACUAUCCGGAUGAGAACGAGAGCUCGGUAAUGGGCAGCGACUAUGCGCCCAGUGGGAGUGGCAGCGGUGCGAAUAGCUUCUACCAAUCGCCCACGCCCUCCGCCACCGGAUCUGGCUGCGAUCUGAUGCUCCGUCCGCCCUCCAGUUCGGUGUACCACUUCAAUUACCGAUCGCCGGGCAGUCCGCUGCCCGUUGCGAUGCCAGGUGGUGGAGUGACUGGAUCGGGGGCAGCCAGUUCCGGACGCCUGCAUCCGUAUGCACAUUCCCCGGUCCAUGGAGCAGCGCCCGGCUUCUAUCCCAAUAUGUGGUAUCCGAAUGCACCAUACGGAUCGGGUGGAUCCGGCGCAGGAACCGGAGCAGCCGGUGGCAGGUACAUGGCCUACGGACCUACGGGAGGAGGAAGUGGACCAGGAGGAGGUGGCCCAGGUCCAGGGACGGGUCAGGGAACGGGUGCCUAUGCCGGACACUCGGCCCACCACCUGCAUGGGCUGCACCAUCCGUAUCCGCAGCCACAUCCGCACGCCCAUCCGCACGCGCACCACCCGCAGCAUCCGCAUCAUCCGCCACAUCCGCACCUGCAGCAUCCGCACGAGACCAUGAUGGAGAUGUUCCAGCUCUCGAAUAGCGGUCGGGAGGCGCGGAAUCGAGCGGAAAAGAAUCGACGGGAUAAACUGAAUGGAUCCAUCCAGGAACUAUCCACGAUGGUGCCGCAUGUGGCAGAAUCACCGCGUCGAGUGGACAAAACAGCCGUUUUGCGUUUCGCCGCCCAUGCAUUGCGAUUAAGCAUGGAAUACAUGAUUUUAGCCUUUGGCAACAGUCUGAUGCACCAGCGACCCCAAAUCACGGACACGCUGAUGAGCAUGCUGGACAGCUUCUUCCUCGCACUCACCUGCCACGGCCACAUCCUGCUGAUCUCGUCCAGCAUCGAGCAGCACCUGGGCCAUUGCCAGACGGACCUCUACGGCCAGAGCAUCAUGCAGAUCACCCAUCCCGAGGACCAAAACAUGCUCAAACAGCAGCUGAUCCCCACCGAACUGGAGAACCUCUUCGACGCCCAUGGCGACUCGGAUGUGGAGGGUGAGCCCCGCCAGCGCAGCAAAUCCGAGGAGGACUACAUCGAUCGCAAGCUGCGCGAUGAUAGACGCAGUUUUCGCGUUAGGUUGGCUCGAGCUGGUCCCAGGUCGGAGCCCACCGCCUACGAAGUGGUCAAGAUCGAUGGCUGCUUUCGGCGCAGCGACGAGGCUCCGCGGGGCGUGCGAUCCAAUACCUUUAGCUCCAAUCUACAGCUGAUCAGAAGGACUCGCGGUCGGGAUGAUGUCAUUCCCCUGCACACGAUCAGCGGCAAUGAUAUCAUUCUGACAGCCCGCGCCCGAAUCAUCCGUCCGCCGAAGAUCGCCAGUCGGCUGAUCGAUGCCAACACGCUGGAGUACCGCACCCGCCACCUGAUCGACGGCCGGAUCAUCGACUGCGACCAGCGGAUAGGAAUCGUGGCCGGUUACAUGACGGAGGAGGUGCGCAAUCUCAGUCCGUUCACCUUCAUGCACAACGACGAUGUGCGCUGGGUGAUCGUGGCCUUGCGGCAGAUGUACGACUGCAAUAGCUCGUACGGCGAGUCCACCUACCGACUGUUCACCCGGAACGGGAACAUCAUCUACCUGCAGUCGAAGGGCUACCUGGAGAUCGACAAGGAGACGAACAAGGUGCACUCCUUCGUCUGCGUGAACACGCUGCUCAGCGAGGAGGAGGGCAAGCGGCGGGUGCAGGAGAUGAAGAAGAAGUUCUCGGUGAUCAUCAACACGCAGAUACCGCAGUCGACCGUCGAUGUGCCGGCCUCGGAGCAUCCGGCUCUGCUGGAGAAGGCGGUGCUGCGGCUCAUCCAGAAUCUGCAAAAGUCCGGGGCCGAGGAUGAGGGCGACGAGGAGGACGAGGUCGAGGACGAGGACGACGAUGACGAGGAUGACGACGAUGCGGAUGAUGUGGCGGGCAGCACGUCCGAGCUCGGCGAUCCCUAUGCCACAAGUCAUCCGCAGCACAGUCGUUCGCAUCACCAUCACCACCAGCACGGCUCCUCGGCACUGGCCUCCCAUGGGCAGGGUAGCUCCAAGACCCCGCCCCUGGCACUGGUCCCGCCCGAAGCCUCCUCCGUGAAGUCCUCGAUCUCGAAGAGCAUCAGUGUGGUGAAUGUGACGGCGGCCAAGCAUCUGCGCGGUGUCCACGGAUCGGCGGUCAAGUCGCCCAGCUCCGUGGGCAGUUGCUCCUGCACCGAGUUCCAUUCGCCCUGCGACUUCUGUCAGGGUCCACUCACGCCCGAUCCCCAGGCCGUUGGGUCCACCCUAAAGCGGAGCACCACUGCUCUGGCGGAAAGCGAGGAGAAGGUCGCCAAGCGGCGCUUUAUACCUAGCACUGAAAUCGAGCACGUACUACACACAUCUCUGGACCAAAUCGGUCGAAAUCUGACCCAACAACUGAAUGUGGCCAGGAAUUUGCGGGAACAAGGGCAGCGCUACGAAUUGCCUGACGCCAAUCAGCGAUUCGAUGAGAUCAUGCAGGAGCACCAGAAACAAAGCGAACUGUAUGUGAACAUCAAGAGCGAGUACGAGGUGCAGCUGCAAAAUAAGGCCAGCACCCGGAAGUCCUCGGAGUCGGAUCGAAAUCAGGAGCAGCAGCAGCAGCAGCAGCAGCAACAGCAGGUUCAGGAUGAGGAUCAUGACUAAUGAGGACGAGAUGCAGAGAGAGAGAGAGAUCAGCUCUCGACUGAAGGGUUUCAUCGAUGUGAUAACUACUGUCCUGGCAGCCAGCUCAAGUCCCAACCAGCGGAAUGUCACCGAAAGGAAAGCAGAUCCAUAAAUGGUUAACUGAAGGUUAACUGAAGGUUAACUGAAGGUUAAGCUGAUGGUUAAGCUGAUGGUUAAGCCAACUACUUGACCGCAGAACAGUUACGGAUCAGACAUGGAUAUUUGGAUAUUCUGUAACCCCAACCUAUGAGUGAGCCUGUGACAAAGAUACUUUAGAUGCCCCGCCCACAAAAACACACGCACACUCUGUUUGUUCAGUUUGUUUGUGUUUAACUUCAUGUUAAGAGCGGUCCUAUAUAAAAUGCGAGUUGAGCUAGUUACCAGUGUAAAGUGGGUUUCACUUCGUGUGUAUCAGCUCUGUUUAAAAUAAUCUUUUUCAUUUCUUUUUAGAUAGAUAUUUUAACAUUGAUCCCAACUUUCCUAUAAACUUUAUAGUGUUAAACAAACAUAAUGAAUAAUACGUCAUAGAUCGAAAUCGAAAACGGAAACGGAAAAGGAAAGGGAAACAAACUCUGACAGUCGCACAAACCGAAGAAGAAUGAGGAUUAGCAUAAAUGGAAUGAUUUAAACAAUUAUUAGGCUAAAUCGGAAUAUACAUUAAAAGUACUAUAUAUAGUAUAUAUACCUAUGUACCAUACGUUGUGCGUAACGCGCAUAGCCCAAACUAAACGUGAUAAAAGACUGUUACCAACUACAUACACACACAUACUACACACAUGGAAACGCCCGUAAAUCUAUAACUAAAACGUAAACAUAUAUAUAUAUAUAAAAAAGAAAUAUUCACACGCCCACAUGCGGGCGUGGCAUAGUUAAAUUAAAUUUACUGUACGAACACUUUUUAUAGAUGUUUAAUGUUGUUAUGCUAUAAGAUAAAGAUAAAUCCGGAUGAGUUGAUGGAUUUUGGCCAAGCACGGUGCACUUAAAAUUGCAAGUGAGCCAAGUACAAUUUACACAUAUAUAUACAUACUUAGAUGCAUAUAUGGUUCGAUGUAAACUAAUAGAUCGAUGUUAAACAAAAAGAAAAUAAAAGUAAAGAAAACACACACACACACACAAAACCAGAAAAAGCUUAGGCAAAAAAAUAAAAGGAACUCUGUUAAAUGUUUGUUAUGCAUUUGUUUUUUUUUAUCUAAAUUAAUAUUAAACUAAUGUAUUAGUGAAUAAACUUGUGUACCUACAUACAAAACAAUGAAAAACACA